AUGGAGAAUCCCAGCGACAUUUUGUUAGAAGGUGAUGUUGUAGAUGGUGCUGUUGACUAUCAUGGACAAGCAGCCAUUAGAUCCAAAUCUGGUUAUUGGAGAUCUGCUUGGUUCAUCAUAGGUGUGGAAAUGGCAGAAAGAAUGUCAAAUUAUGGAAUUCAAGGCAACUUGAUAUCAUAUCUAACAGGGCCCCUCAAACAGACCACUGCUACAGCUGCUGUGAAUGUGAAUAUCUGGGCUGGAACAGCAACACUUCUUCCUCUCUUAGGUGCUUUUGUUGCUGAUUCUUUUCUUGGACGAUACCGUACAAUCGUAGUUUCUUCUCUCAUCUAUAUCUUGGGUCUAGGCUUGUUAACAUUAUCGGCUAUGCUUUCAUCCCUCACAUUUUGCUCCCCUCAGUCACAAGUAAUCUUAUCCUUCAUCUCACUCUAUCUAGUUGCCAUUGGACAAGGUGGACAUAAACCUUGUGUUCAAGCUUUCGGCGCAGAUCAGUUCGACGAAAAACAUCCUAAGGAACACAAAGCUAGAAGCUCAUUCUUUAAUUGGUGGUAUUUUACAAUGGUUGGCGGUUGCACGGCACUACUCUCGAUCUUGAACUAUAUACAAGAUAACUAUAGUUGGGUUCUUGGAUUUGGAAUACCUUGUGUUGUAAUGACCAUUGGUUUGCUUGUUUUCUUGCUUGGAUCAAUGACCUAUAGGUAUAUCAUCAAGGAAACUGAUACAAGCCCUUUUCUUAGAAUCGGUCGUGUAUUUGUCGCGGCAAUAAGAAAUUGGCGAAAUACCUUAUCAACCACAUCUUUUGAAGAGGAAUGUGAUGGAAUGCUUCACAAGACAAGUUCACAACAAUUCAACUUUCUCAACAAGGCAUUGUUAACACCAAACGGAUCCAAAAAAGAAAAGACUUGUAGCCUUAGUGAGGUGGAAGAAGCAAAGGCAAUACUAAGGCUGGUUCCAAUUUGGACUUCAUGUUUGGUUUAUGGUAUUGUCUUUGCUCAAGUUUUUACAUUUUUCACCAAGCAAGGAAAAUCUAUGGAGAGAACAAUAUUUCCCGGUUUUGACAUACCACCCGCUUCACUUCAAUCGAUUAACGGUAUCGCCAUUAUUCUCUUCAGCCCUAUCUACGACCGCAUAUUUGUACCAACAGCACGAGCUAUCACCGGAAAACCCUCAGGGAUAACAAUGCUUCAAAGAAUUGGAACUGGAAUUUUUUUAUCCAUAUUCACAAUGGUAAUUGCAGUGUUUGUUGAGAUUAAAAGACUUAAAACAGUAAAAGAGUAUGGUCUUGUUGAUGAUCCUAAUGCAAUUGUUCCAAUGAGUAUAUGGUGGUUGGUGCCACAAUACUUUUUGUUUGGAGUUUCAGAGGUUUUUACUAUGGUUGGUCUUCAAGAAUUUUUCUAUGAUCAAGUCCCAAAUGAACUAAGAAGCAUGGGGCUUGCACUCUACUUGAGUAUUGUUGGUGUUGGAAGCUUUCUAAGUGGCUUUCUCAUUUCUAUAAUUGGAAAUUUGAGUGGCAAAGAUGGUAAUGAAAGUUGGUUUUGUGACAAUAUCAACAAGGCACAUCUUGAUUACUUUUAUUGGCUUCUUGCUGGACUAAGUGCGGUGGGGUUUACUUUCUUUCUUUACUUUUCCAAAUAUUACACUUAUAACCACAAAGGUAUUAUUAUCACACAAGCAUAA